UUGUUUUCAGGCAACAUUCUGGUAGUGAACAAGAGCAUCGCAGAAAGAGAUCUACAGGUGAAAUCAUGCGGACAACUCUACGUGCUGGAAUGUUGGCCGCGCUGGCUGUGUUGGCGAUGGUUGUCGGCAACAGCGAAGCAGUGGUGCUGUCCAAAUGCAAGGUGAAGAACCACAUGCAAGAGGUCUUCAACAGGACGAAGCUACUCAUGAACAACACAGAAGACCUGAUGGCGAAGAUCGUUUGCCACGUUGAACUCACCUCUGGGUUCAACACCAGCGCUAAGAACCAGCUGACGGUUCCCCAAGACUCCAAGGGUUCUGGAAGCCAAGGAGGGCGCCGCCGGGGUAGACGGUCAGCCGGUGCUGGAGGCUCGCAGUUUCCAAUUUCCAAGUUGGGUUCAAAGUCCGAGAAGGGACCUGGUGAUGGCAGCAGCAGCAGCGAGGAGUCGGCCAAGCAGCGCGGAGAACUGUGGACCCUCUACGGCAUUUUCCAGCUGAGCGACCGCGUCAUGUGUAAUUCUAGUUCCGUGCCAUCACUGAACAUCUGUCAGAUGGACUGCCAAGCCUUUCUGGAUGAUGACAUUGCUGAUGAUAUCGCCUGCGCUGUAAAAAUUAUACCCAAAAUGAUGUCCAACCCUGAUGAACAAACAGAGGCCAAGGCUCUCUUAAAGAAAAUGAUGGCGCUGUUGUUCCAGCCGGAAUGCAGCGCUGUAAAGUACAAGGAGUUCUUUGCCGCCUGCCAGUGAGCGACUCAAGGCCAUGUUGUAAGAGUAGGAUAAAUGCAAUCAUUCCCUAUUUGCAUUUUGUAGAGUAGUAAAAUUGCAACAGUUCUACGCAAUCACGCCUUCUCAAAAGAAAUAAUAAAACGCAUAGAUUUCUGCAAAAU